UUAAAAGUAUAGAUCUAUCAAAGAAUUUAGAUGUCGAGCACCCGUUCUUUCAAGACCUUUAUAGUGUAUAUGCUGAUUAUUUGAAUUCUAGGACUUUACUAGUUAAUAGACAUUUAGAAUUUUAUAAUUCAAUCACUUAUACUGUUCUUGAAAGUGAUCAAGAUUCACUUCGGUUAAAAUUUAGCGUUGGUGAUAUUGUGGAACUAUCAGAGGAGACUGAGAGUAUUGCAUAUGCCAAAAUUGAAUCAAUUUUUUGA